UUUCAAGAGACAUGGCAUUUUUUUCAGGCAAAAAAAUUUGCUUUAUCGUUGCUCUCUUUGCAAUCUCAUUGAAGCCAUGUUUUUGCACGAAUACAACCCGCUGGAACACCGCCGGAAUCACGUGGUAUGGCGACCGAGAGGGUCCUGGCAGCACAGGAGGAGCUUGUGGAUACGGUGAUGCAGUGGCAAAGCACCCGUACAACUGUAUGAUUUCAGCCGGAGGACCUUCAUUGUACCAAGAUGGAAAGGGUUGUGGGACAUGUUAUAGGCUCGUAUGUGACCAUCCGAUGUGCACGAAAAAGCCGAUCAAGGUGAUGAUAUCGGAUGAGUGUCCCGGCUGCACGAAGGAAGCGGUCCAUUUUGAUCUUAGCGGUAAGGCCUUUGGUGCAUUGGCCAAACAUGGCAAGGCCGAUCAAUUACGUAACCUUGGAGAGCUAAAGGUUAGAUACAAACGUGCAUGCUGCAAACACCCUAAGAGUAAAAUAGCUAUUCAUGUCGACGCCGGAGCAAAUCCGUACUACAUGUCGUUCGCCGUUAAAUAUGCAAACGGUGACGGAAACUUUGCCUGCGUGGAGAUCCAACCUGCCGGAGGAAAGUACCUGAAGAUGGAGGAAAUGAGAUCGGCCGUUUGGAAACUUAACCCCGGCUGUGCAUUGAAAGGUCCGUUCAACGUCCGGCUUACCUCCGCCGUGACCAAAAACGUGCUCGUUGCCAAAGCCGUUAUCCCGGAAAAAUGGAAUCCCGGUGCUAUCUACCACUCCCUCGUUAACUUCGCCGUUCCUAAGAAAUCGGUUCACAAGAAAUCCGUUCACAAGAAAUCGGUUCACAAGAAAUCCGUUCACAAGAAACCCGUUCACAAGAAACACAAAUGAUUAAUUCCUUCAAACGAAUUGUAAUGUUUGAACAAAACAUGGGGCUGUAUUGUCGCAACUGAUGAUAGUAAAUUAUUUUGGAAAAAUGUAUUUACGUUUAUAUGGGCUUAGAGUUGUAGGCAC